CAACAAAAAAAAUGAUUUCAAAAUUUUGGGCAGAAUUAUCCAACGAUUAUGAAAAACUUUUUGAAACAGAAAUAGGAUAUGACGUUAUUAUUUAUGCAGGAGAUGAUCAAAAUGUAAAAGAAAUUCAUGCUCAUUCAAAUAUUUUAUGUGCUAGGUCUCAAUAUUUUCGUACUGCAUUUUCUAAUGAAUGGGCUGAGAAAAGAGACGGAAAAUUUAUUUUUAGAAAAUCAAACAUUUCACCACAAUUAUUUAAUAUCAUUCUUAGGUUCAUUUAUUGUGGAAAUAUUGAAUUGAAGAAUUUACAAGGCUCUGAAGUAUUAAAAUUAUUGAUAGCUGUGGAUGAACUAAAUAUCAAUUCGUUAAUUUCUCAUAUUCAAGAAUUUUUGAUUGAACAUCAAACCGAAUUUUUACAACAAAAUCCGACCAGAAUUCUUGAAAUUAUUUAUCAACAUGAAACAUUUACGGAUUUAUGGAAUUUUUGCCUUGAAAAAAUUUGUGAAGAACCUAAAAUUUUAUUCAGUUCCAAAAAUUUUAUUAAUUUAAAAGCUCCUUUAUUGGAAUUAUUAUUAAAAAGGGAUGACUUAAUUAUGGAUGAAAUUGAAAUUUGGGAGUAUUUAUUAAAAUGGUGUUUUGCCCAACAAAAUAUGCAGAAUGAUUCAACAAAAUGGAAUAAAGAUGAUAUUAUAAGAAUUGAAAGAGAAUUAUACAGAUUUAUUCCUUUAAUUCGAUUUUAUGAUAUUGAACCUACUGAUUUCUUUUACAAAGUUUAUUGUUACAAAGACAUCUUACCACAAGAUUUAAUUCAUGAUCUUUUGGAAUAUCAUAUAGCUGUCUCUUAUACACAUCUAGAUGUGUAUAAGAGACAUAGACAUCCUCAUUGGGUGGCUACAGCAGAUAGCUUUAUUUUUAAUUUUAUCAAUGGAGGAAAUAUUUCUACUUCAAAAGUAAGUUAUGUUAAGAAACAAGAUCGUGCUGUUUUAUGUAAUAAUAAUUUCGGGCCAACUAUGGGUAAUAUAUACUGUAAUAACAAUAAUUGGUCUAAUGAAAAUCGUGGUUAUGGAGAAGUCUAUCCAAGCAUAGAAAUUCCAAAAAAUUUUGAAGUAGAAGAUUAUGAAGUAUUUCAAGUAAUUAAAAAGUAAAUUUAAGAUGAAAUUGAAAUUGUUUUUUUCAUUAUAUGUCUUCUGAAAAAAAUAUUUCACUACCAAUAAUACCAGUUUUCUGCGAACCUAAUAAGUAAAACAACUUUAUUAAAUUUAAAUUCAAGAUGCACAAACAUAUUAAUAAAGUAAAUAAAUUUUAUCUUAAAAUAUUAUAUUUUUUCAAAUAACAAAAUAGUUAGCAUAAUGAUAUUAUUAAAGGAUAGGCAGGGUAUAAGCUUAUGCCAAUUGUACCAUGUAGGUUUGAUGUAAAUUUCAUCGUUUUUUA